GGUUUGACAGAUGUUAUGUCAGAUCAGAUGUUCAAUUUUGAUUUCGAUUUUAGGGAUUGAAAAUUUUAUAACUUAAAAAUGUUCACCAGGAAUUGUUUUAAAUUUACCAGUGUCUCCUCGAGAGCACUUUUAUUUAGAAAGUAUUUGCUUCACGAAAAACGUUUGCCCUCACAAUGUUCUUGCCAAUGCAACUUUAGCAAAGCAAGGUCUAAUGAUACUACAGUAAUAGCUAAAGUUGUCAACACUGCGAAAGAUGUAGGGGCUGGCACUGGAGACAAAGUAAAUUCUGUAUCAUCACAAAUAUUGGGGUCUUCUGAUGAGUUCCUGGAGAAAAUGAUAGCUGGGCUGUCUUCGGACAUUCAUCAGAAGAACAGAGUGUAUAAAAAUGAUUUAGUGAGAGUGAUUGGGAAGGUGAAAGAGUUUAAUUUCUCGAGUAAAAGGCAGGGGCUUUUACUUCUGCAGUGUUGUACUGAGUUGCUGCCUGAUGAGACGGCCGCGACUAGGUUAGCACUAGCGGAGGAGAUCUGGGCAACAAUCAAACCACACACCAAAUUCUUGGUGGAUCACUACAAUGAACUGCUCCGUGUAUACAUAGCCAACAGCAAGAGCGUCCAAGCAAGCACCUUCAUCGGCUCCAUGGCCCCGGUGAUACCGAAUAAUACCACCUAUGAUUUAAUACUGAAAGCACUUGGAGAGGUGGGAGACAUUAACCAAGCCACUGAAGUGUUAGCAAACAUGAAGAGCCAAGGCUUGCCGGCCACGGAGAGUGUUUUCAACUCCCUUAUAUUGUGCCAGGGGAAAGCUGAAAACUACGAAAACGUAAAAGAAAUCCUAACAAUGAUGAAGUCCCUCAAAUUCGAGCACACAGUCGACACCCACACAUCCAUAGCUCGAGCGCUAGCGUUCAACAAGAACGGAGAGCUGCUACUGAAGGAGAUGGAGGUGGCUCAGCAGAACGGGCAGCAGUUUGAGGAGACCCAUAUCAUGGAGAUUGUGAAGACCUUGGCGAAUGGGAAGAUGAUAAAUAUAUAUAAUUUAAUGUUAGUUCCAAAUGUUCUCCGCUACCUACCAGAAGCAACUUUAAAGACUCCAUCAAUAUCCCCAUACAUGCAAAGCGUCUGCACGAUGCUAGUAUACCAGAACCAUCCUCUAGCAGCUUUAGACAUUUACAAAUGUCUUCCGCUACCGUCCUUUGGACCGAAGGAUGACCAAGGAUUGCACGGACGGAGUUUGGUUAGAGACUGUGUUAAAGCUGGUAUUCCAUCAGCAGUAUUAAGCAUAGUGACGGAACAGCUGAUGUCGUCCGGACAAAAUCCUAUAGCCAUACAAAAUGCUGCAGAAUGCGCUCUUCAGCAAGGCAAGGCUGUGCUGGCCCUGGAUCUGUUCGACCGCAUGAAGAAGCAUGGAUUGCCGCUACGACCACACUACUUCUGGCCGAUAUUGCUCCGUACAUCUAAGAACACGGGCGAAAAAGGCAUAAUGAAUACCUUAUCAAAAAUGGUUGAAAUGGACGUGAAACCCGACUACGAGACAAUUUCAACCUACACUCUACCCUACGUCAGUUUCACCUCCGCUCAGAAUCUGAUGAAAAAGUUCCAAGACGCUGGAGUAUCAGUUACUACUGUGCUGACUCCUAUGAUGGAGCAUCUGUUGAAUACGGGGCAAGUCAGAGCUGCUAGCGAGAUAUGCGAACUCUUCAAAGGCAAAGUGGACAUGGACAAGAUCAUCAAACCCCUCAUAAAGGGUUACCACAUGAGCUUGGAUCUAAAGUCCUGUCUCCACAUUCUAGAGGACGGUGUACAAAACGCCUUGGAUAAGAGUAAGGACUGGACGGGACGAUUUUUGUGCACUUUUAUGAAGAAGAAAAACGAGUUUAGUGAUGCUUUCACUUUUGUUAAGGUUCGAAUUAAGAAAACUCCACUAAGGAUAUCCACUUCAGCUGCCGACUACUGUCUUACACACAUACCUGAAUCUGUUAAAGAAGAGACAGCCAGCCAGUUUCGAGAAGCGAUUAUAGCGAUCACGGAUGAGAGAAUGAUCGAUGAAGGGGAACUAUUUGCUCACCAGUUACCACAUCCGAAACACAUGGACGAGGAAGCUCUAAAAGCUCACCUCAACGAGUUAGAAGCUAAAGGCAUGAACACACGAGGCGUGUUACGGCGGUUAUUACAACAGUAUUGUAAAGAAGGCAACUUGAGCGCAGCUAGGGAGAUUAUAGAUAAAUGCCAGAAAGAGGGGAUAUUCCUUUCAGCUGGUAUGAAAGCCAGCAUAUUCGACCUUCACGUCAAAUCCGGCGAGUUAGAACUAGCCGAGCUAGCUUUAGCUGACCUUAACAAGUCGUCCCCCAACUUCACCUUGGACGAGUUCAAGGUCAUCGACUUUGCGACCAUGUGGGUCUGUAGAAAACAGGUCGAAAAGGCUUUUAAUGUUAUAGAGGAACAGAGUAAGAAGAGGUACGGAAACGGUUGUUUAUUAACAACUGUUUUUUUUUUUAACCUGCUCGACGCGACUGCUCCUUAUGUAGUACUUGAAGAUGUCAAACGCAUGCUAGACCUGCUAUCGCGACUGCGGUACUGCCAGCCGACUAACGCCAUGCUAGGACCUGUUGUCAGGUGGCAUCUUAACAGAGACGAUCUCCGCGAAGCCGUCGCUGAAUUCAGCAACCUCGCCCAAAAGUAUAACAAGACCCCUAAACACGAACUUCUAUGCAAAAUAUUAGAAUCUAUAAGCGAUGGUAGCGAAGACAGAUUCCUAUUUAACGCGAACAGUGGGGGCUGGGCGAACAAACUCGCUCAUACUGUACUUAAUAUCAACAAGAGGAUCCAUGGAGCUAGCGACGUCCAGCUAACUCUAAUCGCAGCCCUAGCCGAAGUGAACUACAAAACCCUCCGCAAAAUGUUCCUCGAUCCCAACGUAAAGUUCCACCCAGACGCUCUCCUCCGCCGCUGCGAGCGAUUUGCCGACGAGAAGAAACCGCACGCCUUACAUACUAUAGCCGAAUGUGCGAAGGAUACAAGGAGAAUCGACUUGGAUGAAGUUUAUGAGCUGAUUUUGAGCGUUCAUCAACGUCAAGACGACUGGCGUUCAGCGCUAGCCCUAUGGGAGAAAAUGCAAGAAUCCGACGUGAGACCAUCACAGAAGUUUAUUAGAAGUCUCUAUGCUCUACUCAAAGCUAACAAAGUCAAUGUACCGGAUCAAUUAUCAAUGUUACUUGAUAGACAAGAAGCUAGUCAGUAGAAUUUGAGUUUAACUUCGCCGCCAUUGACAUGAUUCACAGAAUUAUAGUACACAGAAGGAUCACUCCUUUUAUGUUCACAAAAUGCCGUCUUAUUCUUAGCCACAUUAACAAAGGUCGCAGGCAGCCGACAUUGAGUUGUAUUACGCCGCGAAGAUCGUCACCACUGAAUGGGCCGCGAGUACAGAUGUAAUGCGAAAAGAUUUGCCUUCAUAUUGUUACAGAAACGUACGAACGUGUCAUGCUAUUUCAGUCAGUCUCAGUACAAGAUGUACUUACGUUGACUGAACCAGCAUGACAAAUACGAUCGUUUCCGGGAAUCUACGAAGGAAACCCUUUUCGCACUUUCUACAUCUGUACGCGGCCGCUGGCAUGUACUUGGCGGUGAAAAGGUUAAUGACGAAAUUAAAGAGUAUGGAGUAUAUAAAAAACAUUGAUAAUACAUGUGCUUGCUAGUUUUUGAGUUUUACAAUUAUUAAGU